AUGAUCUUCUUCCUUGUGUUCAUCAGCACGGCUGCAGUGCUCUUCUACGAGUUUUAUUGGAAACGCCGGAAUUUGCCGCCAGGACCCACGCCACUUCCACUACUCGGCAAUUUGGUGUCGGUCGUCAAAUGUAGCCCAGGCUACGAGUGUUUCCGCGAGUGGCGCAAGGAGUAUGGUCCCGUAUAUACGUAUUGGCUGGGCCCUCAACCAAUGGUAGUAGUGGCCGAUUAUCAAACGAUGAAGGAAUCGAUUAUCAAGGAUGGCGACAAAUUUGCGGAUAGAUUUGUUUUGCAUACGCUGCGUGAUUUUGGCAUGGGCAAAAAUUUGAUGGAGGAGCGGGUUAUGCUCGAAGUCGACUUCCUUAUCGAUCGGAUGCGAUCUUUAAAAACCGAUUUAAACAUGCAGUCUGAAUUCGAUACAGCUGUCGGCUCCAUCAUCAACAACAUUUUAUUUGGAUACCGUUUUGAUGAGAGCAAACAGCACGAGUUCAAACUCAUCAAAGGGCACCUACGUACCCUGCGUUGGACAUUUGGGGAGCCGAAGAUGCACGAGGAGUUGGAUCGCGUAAUCGGUUCGGACCGGAUGAUUACGAUGGCUGACAAGAAUGAUUUGCCAUAUGUUAAUGCUGUGGUUAAUGAAGCGCAAAGAGUUGCAAACCUUCUCCCCCAAAAUCUACAACGCAAACUCCUCGAGGAUACGGUAAUCGGAGGGCACCCAAUAAAAGCCGGCACCGUCGUGAUGCCCCAGAUCAGUACGGUGCUGUACGAUGAGCGAGUAUUCCCCGAUCCGUACACCUUCAAGCCGGAGCGCUUUAUAAAUUCGGAUGGGUCGCUGAAGAAAUAUGAUGAGCUUGUUCCAUUUUCUGUGGGGAAACGGCAAUGUGUCGGCGAGGGGUUGGCAAAAGUCGAGCUGUUCCUCUUCGUCGCAAAUUUGUUCCAGCGGUUUAAGUUCUCGGCCAAGCAGACCCCAUCGAUGGUAAAGAACCGUGGACAAGUCGUCACUGCAAAGAUUAUUUAUGCGAUG